ACUUGUACCAUACUUGUACUGCUCCCAUUUGUUCCUCUGUUGUACUUGCUGUAUUCAGGAUGCCAUUCCGAUUCGAAGAUGUUUUAAAACGUGAAAAGGUAUACCAUCAGAACCCAACGAACACUCUUGACAUUGAGAAAACGUCAGACCUUCCCUCACCUCCAGAAGCCGGUCGUCGACAGAUUGACCGCCUCUCCCCUCUACUUAUCGCGGUAGGCCUGGUCUUCAUUGCCGUCGUUGCUUUAGCCGUUGUUCUGGAAAGUCGCAAAGGCGAUCUGGAACUGGGCCUCACUGAGUCACAUAGUUCAACCACCAAAGGAAAGCACUGCUAUGGCAUAGAAUGCGAAACAGGUGCAGGCACUGAAUAUCCCGUGCAGGGCUCUUCAAUGAAUACUACGAUGACUGGGACCGACGAAUCAAUAGAGCCUAACGCUACAAUCGCUGAGAACGGCACUGCGGUGGACCAGCACAGACCAGUCUCUGACCUUCGUGCAAACGACGCGUUUGCAACCGAUAUUUCGGUUGACUCCGUCUCAAGGAAUGUGGAGAAGAAUAUUGAAAUUAAUUGAAAAUUAUAUCUUUUGUAACUGAAACUAUACCGUAUUGAAACGGCGGAAUUGAACAAACCUAUAUAUAGACCUUUCAACGACAAUGAAUAAAUGGAGCCACUAUUCGU